AUGAGUCCCAACGCUAGCAGCAGCAGUAACGUUCAGGACAGCAGAGUCAGCUCUGCCACCCCUACUCUCGUGCACAAAGAGUCGGAGCCCAGCAUCAAGAGGAGGGAGUCUAUCGUCAGUCUUGCGGAAGACGAUCCGAUCCGAGACUGGGUCUUCUAUUCGCAGCUUCUAGCCCCAGAGGAACGGUGUGAGCUGCCCCAGGCAUCGUCGGCAGAAGUCUCAGGUUCCGAGACAGCCUCCAAAUCCACCGAUGCUCCUCUUGUCCCCCGGAAAACGAAAACCAACGAAGAAUCAACCAAGAUCUCCAACGCGGAGAUUCUGGCCAAGUACGACCGCAGAUGUAAAGCCAUAGACUAUCCCCUCUGCGCCCGGUUCCACCCUCUCGUGAAUAUAGACCAGCCACGAGAAUCCAUCAUCGACGACGCAGCCCAAGAAAGAACGGGCGCCGCAUCGCCGCGACUGUAUCAGAUCCAGCAAGAACACGGCUAUCCCGAGACCCUGGGUGCCACUCUUUCCACCAUCAUCGAGGAACCAGAAGAAGAAGCCAACGGAAUGAGUGCACCGCCGCCUUCUCCUGCUUCUUCGUUCACGGGAGACCAGCAAAGAACGAGUAUCUUCACUGCCGGUACCUUGGAUGUCAAACUUCCAGAGCUGGGCAAGACGCACUUAGGACGCAUAGAUACGCCUACGCGAGGCUCUACUGAUGCACCGUCUGAGCUCUCGUCAGCUGCUGAGUUUGAAGCGAACGAUGAGUUGCAUCUCGCAAGGUGCGCCUUCUUCACACUGCCGAAUGGGAAUAUAGAAGGCGCUGCAACUCAACUUCCGGCUCAAAGCUCGUCGGGAGGUGCUCGGGAGGAGAUUGCUUACCGGAGACCAAGGGUCCUGGUGAAGAAGAAGACUGAGAAGGCGGGUGCUGUGGCGUCGAAUGGUGUAGCUCGACAAGGGAAGUCACAGUCGUUGAUUGGGAAGUGGGUGUCACGUCUGCGUCGGCAGUAA